GUGUUUCUGAUAACUACUUCCGGUAUAUUCAAUUUUCACUAUUCGGAUGAGUCGAAAGCAAAAUAUUUAGCUGAUAUGUAUCGUCAACAUUAUCCAGAUGCACCGGGAAUGCAUAAUUUACAAUAUCGUCUCCGGCAAAAUGCAGCUAUGGAACACUGGUCAUUAAAGACAAGAGUUAAAUUUUAUCUUCUUCCCUUAAUUACAUCUUCUGUGCUCUGCUUAGCAGCAUUAACAAUUCUCAUAUAUGCCGAAUACAAUAGUACUCUCUUUCACUACGCCUCUGAUGAAAGCUCGAAGUCUGUUGUCCGUUUGGAAAAUAUAUUUAUAGCAGAUGAAUCGAAUGAUGGGAAAUUAGUUCACUUUACUGGAAAUUUACAUAUGAAACAUGAAGCACACGAUCCUGUAUUUGAUGUUGGCUUUAAUAGUGCAGUUUUGCAGAGAUCAGUUGAAAUGUACCAAUGGGUUGAAGUAGAGAAAAGAGAAGAAACAGGUCGAUCAUCGUUUUCCUAUUCAAAGGAAUGGCGUGAAGAUCUUGUGAAAAGUUUCUCUUUUGAAAGAAGCGCAAGUCACGAAAAUCCAAAAAAAUUCUCUGUUGAAAGUGAGAAGUUCUUGGGUAAAAAUCCGAAAAUUGGCGGUUUUUAUAUAACAGAAGAAGUUUUGAAUAAGCUAGAAAUGAGCCUAAUAAUGAAUCUACCAGAAAAGCCUCAUUUGAAAAAGAGUGAUAACUAUUACUAUCUUAAUAAAAAUAGCGAACCACAAAUUGGUGAUAUUAGAGCAAAUUUUUAUAUUGCUUUAAACAAUUCAUAUGGAAAGUUUAGCGUUUUAGCUAAACAACACCACGUGUCCCUUCAACCAUACGUAACUGCUAACAAUGUCCCAAUAGCAAUAAUCGAACGAGGGAUCCAUACUGCAGAAGAAUUGCUCCAUAAACAAUCUAUAUCUGUGUCUUUCGAAACUAAUUUAUUAAGAGCUGCAUCUUUUAUUAUAUUUGUUGUUAGCUUUGCUUGCGUAGGCGCGAAGAUUCGAUAUCGUUUCGGAGCGAGACUUUAUUCUCAUAGUGUGGUUACUGAAUCCGAUGUCACUUUAUUGUUUAAAAUUUUGACUGCAAAUACUUUGCCAUACAACAUCAUUCAUUUAGCUAUCAAUAAAUUAAAAUUUAACUCAACAAGAGUUUUAAGCACGAAAGCAGAUCAGUCUGAUCUUUUACCAAAAUGUACUGUUCCUAGUGACUAUUUUCAACCCUCAUUACCAAGACUACCCAUUCCAAAAUUAGAAAAAACUUGCGAAAAGUACUUAGCUAGCCAGAGAGUUUUGCUCAAUGAAGAGGCCUACGCCCGAACAGAGAAAUUAACUAUGAAUUUUUUGCAAAAAGAGGGCAAAGAUCUUAAUAGUCGCCUCAUUAAAGAAAAUAAGAGAAACAAGCAUACCAGUUAUGUAUCAGGACCAUGGUUUGACAUGUAUCUUAAAGAUCGAAAUGGUUUAGCCUUUAACCAAAAUCCUUGUAUUGUCUAUAAAGAUGAUCCGAAUGAAAAAAAUAACGAUCAAGCGAUUAGAGCUACGAAUUUUAUUGUAGCUUCAAUGAAAUUUAAAAAGAGUCUAGAGAGCAAUAUCCUUAGACCUGAGGUUUUUCAUCUAAAUCCCGAAAAGACCAAUAAUGAUCAGUAUUGGAAAUACAUUAGUUGGUUACCUAGGGGAAUAGCAACUUACGGUUCAUACGUGAAAAAAGUCUUUCCUCUUGAUAUGAGUCAGUAUAAGAAUUUAUUCAAUUCAACAAGAGUACCAAGACAGGGAAAAGAUGAACUAUACGUUAACAAGAGUGCAAGGCACGUAGCUGUUAUGAGAAAAGGAAGAUUCUAUUGUUUUGAUAUUCUAAACGAAGAUGGAUCGAUUGUAGAUGCACGUCAAUUAUUAUCGAAUGUACGUCAUAUUCUUCGGGACAAUAGGCCUGCCCCAGAUCAUCCUCUGGGUUAUCUGACAUCGGACAAUAGAGAUAUAUGGGCGAAUGCUAGAGAUAUUCUCAUUGCUGAAGGAAAUACAGAUGCAAUAAAAUUAGUUGACGAUGCCGCUUUUAUGUUGACCCUUGACGAUUUGGAUACAAGUGAUAAUGUUGAAAUUGUUAGGAAUUUCUUACACGGUGACGGAUGUAAUCGUUGGUUCGACAAAAGUUUCUCUUUAAUUUUGGACAAGAAUGGUCAUGCAGCCGUUAAUUUUGAACACGCUUGGGGAGAUGGAGUAGCCGUUGUUCGAUACUUUAACGAAUGCUUUGAGGAUACUACUAAGAAUCCUAGGGUAAAUGGAGGUGUCGAAUACGAUUUACCGUCCUCUCAAGUUAAGCCUAUUGAAUUUAAUUUAAAUGAUAAACUCAAGUCAAUCAUUGAUUCGUCGAAACAAAAAUUUGACGAUAAAGUUGAUUCGUUGACUUUAAAUUAUUCUCAAGUUCUUGGAACUGGAAGAAAAACUUGUAAAGCUAUGAAAAUUAGUCCUGAUGCCAUGAUGCAACUCCUUUUCCAAAUGACAUUUUAUAAAAUGCAUGGUCAGGUCGUGCCAACUUAUGAAUCUUGCAGUACGGCUAUAUAUAAACACGGCAGAACAGAAACAAUUCGACCAGCUACGUUGGCUACGAAAACUGCAUGUGAACUUUUUAGCAAAACGACUGGAACACUCCCAAGCUCUUCUGAAUUACAAGAAGCUGUUAGAAAAUGUUCAACCGUUCAUACAGAAUUAACAAAACACGCAGCAAUGGGCAAAGGUUGGGAUAGGCAUUUGUUUGCUUUGAAAAACUUGGCUACACAGUCUGGAGACGCUUUACCAGAGAUAUUUCAAGAUCCAGCUUACGUAAAAAUUAAUCAAAACGUUAUUAGUACAUCGACAUUAACAAGUUCUGCCUUAUUGAUUGGCAGUUUUGGUCCAGUAGUUAGAGAUGGUUUUGGAAUUGGUUAUGGAAUUGAAAGAGACCAAUUAGGAUGCACUGUUUCAGCAUAUCCUGAAAGGGAUAGCGGUGCGUUUGUAGAGACAUUUAAGUCAUGUGUUGACGAUAUAGUGAAAGCGUUUAAUAUUUCAACAAUGGCCAGAAAAAGUAUAAAUGAUAAUUUAGGGGAUAUAAAGAUUGAAGGUCAAAAACGGUAUAAAUUUGAAAAUUGGUCGAAGACGUUUUCAUGUAACCCAGAAUUAUAUUUUGAACCAAAAAAUGUUGAAGAGAUCAAAUCUAUUUUGAGGUUAGCAAAGCAAAACAACAAGAAAAUUAGAAUUUCUGGAAAUGGACACUCUCCAUCAGAUAUACCAUGCACUGAUGACUAUAUGAUUUCGUUAAAGGCGAUGAAUAAGAUAAUAAGACUUGAUAAGAAAAAUAUGACAGUGAAAUGUGAAGCAGGAACUGAAACAACCGCAUUGAAUGAAAUUUUAGAAGAAAAUGACCUUUGUCUUAGCCUAUUAGGUUCAAUAUCGGAUGCAACUAUAGCUGGUAUGCUAUUGACUGCCUAUCACGGAUCUGGAAUAAAUUAUAAAUGCCUGACAUCAACAGUUCUUGAAAUGGAAGUUUUAACGAGCGAUGGCGAAAUUGUAUAUUUCAAUAGAGAAAACGACGAAGUAGAAUUUAAAGCGGCAUGCGUUUCCUUGGGUUGCAUGGGAAUUGUUUUGACUGUAACUAUCCAAUGUGAGAAAUUAUACUCUAUCAGACAGAAUAGAGAGCUUGGGCAACUGACUGAUGUUCUAAAUAAUUUGGAUGAUCAUUUAAAUCAAUCUGAUCAUUUUAAAUUCUACUGGAUUCCUCAUACUGAAAAUGUUGUUAUUGAUCAUCAGUAUCGUUGUCCUAAGAAUGAAGAGAAACGUAUUCGAUCAUCUGAUUAUAUUAGGGAUGUUCUUCUUAAUUAUCAUCUUUUACAAUUUCUCUACUGGAUCUGUCUAUUUAUACCGCAGUUGAUAGUUUUAGUUAAUAGAUUUGUUGCUUUACUCUUUCGAAAACCAAGACUGGACUAUGAUAUUGGUUACAAAAUAUUCAAUUUUGAUUGCUUAUUCUCUCAACACGUAAUGGAAUGGGCUUUUCCACAAGAUAAAACAGCUGAUGUUCUAUAUGAAUUAAAAGCUUGGUUGAAAAAGAACAAUUUUUACGCUCAUUCAUGGGUAGAAGUACGAUUUACGGCCCCUGAUGACCUAUUAUUGAGCCCUUCGUUUGAAAGAAAAUCAGCCUGGAUAAAUAUUAUAAUGCUUAGGCCUUAUUAUAAAGAAGUUGAAUACGAAAGAUACUGGAAUGCUUUUGAAGAUAUUGCAAGGAAGUAUGGAGCUAGGCCACAUUGGGCUAAACCGUGCAAUUUUAGCGGUGGUGACUUUCGAAAAAUCUACCCUGAAUGGGAUAAAUUCAGAGCUAUAAGAGAUAAAUAUGAUCCCAAAGGGAUUUUUCUCAACCAAAGACUCCAAAAAUUAUUUGUGACUGAUAAUUAA